AUGAACAAAGAGAAGAAGACGAAGAAGAAAAAUGAUGCAACUGAUGCUGAAACCAAAGAACGGCUACAAAAUAUAUUACGCCACUGCGAUCGCGAAGUAAGCUUUGAUGUUGGCGACCGUGAGAUCAUCGCCGGCCAAAUUAUCGAUCGAGAGAAAGAUGAUACGGGCGCUGUGAAAGUGAAAAGCGUACGCAAUUUUAAAAUAUCCAGCAAGCAAUAUCAUUGGAUGACGAAAUUGCCACAGUUCAAGAAACAACGAGAUCGACUGGUUGGUACGCUUGAAGACGACAGAGCCGACGAUCGUGAGCGCAUCGAACGAGAGUGUGAGAGCCAUGUACAGCCGAGCAGCAAGACGAUCGAUUUUAAAACGUACGCCGACCAUACGUUAAGGUUUUUCAAUCGGGCCAUGGAUGUGUACGGCAGCGAAGCGUAUGUACUAACUAAUUUUUUGCAUUGGAUUGAAAUCCAUCGAACGAUUGGUGAAUUGGUGCGAAUGAUUGUGGCACAAGGGCAUGGUAAACAUACAUUUGUGUUUGUUGGCAAGGCGCCGUUCACCCAUGCAAAUUCACCAUGCAAAGGUUAUGUACGUACAAGUGUUCGUUUGCUAUUCAAAGCACUCGAACAACAUCCACAAUGUACCGUGCGCUACGUGGAUGAAUAUCGAACAACGAAAUUAUGUAGCCGUUGCUUCAAUGUACUGGAAAAUGGUUCGAGGAACGGCCGAAAGACAACGAAAUCUCGAUUCAAAGUGUGUCGCCAGUGUAAACCAUCGCCAGAAGCACUGCCCGAUGGCGGUUCAUUCAUUUACAGUCACAAGAAUUCAAAACAAUUGAAGAAGCAGAAAAAAUAUCGCCCACGGAAUUCGAACGACGAUGGCGGCCAGCCAAAAGUCGAACUGAAACGCUUCAAUAUGAUCGAUGGAAUGCUUGUGCCGGCUGCUGAAAAUGCUGCGAUAUUAUCAGUGAAGAGGCCACGAACACAUUUGCGACGUCGGCGUCUAGAUGUCAUCGCAUGGAAAUACAUACGAAAUGAUGAUGAUAUUGGUGAUACGACAAAAGUCCGUUCGGUUACAUUGAAUCGAGACACUAAUGCCGGUCGAAAUAUUCGACUUCGCGGUUAUCAUGAACUAUUGGGAAUAAAAUUGCCAGAUGCAUUCACAGUCGAUGCCAAGAUACAAGAUCAGCAUGCAGAGCGACGCUUCAAACAAUUUGAUGAAAAUAAGCGUAAAAAGCAACAAAAGUAUCAAACAUCAAAAAAUUCCAUUGAAGCUGAAUACGAUUCGGAUCAGUCAUGGUGGUCAUCAAGCAGCGAAGAAGAUGCAAUCGAUUUGAGCAACAGUGAAUUGUCUGACAACAGUGAUGAUAGUAAUGAUAGCGGUAGUGGUAGUGACGUCGAUGGCGAAAACUGAGAAUAGCAUCGUUCACACACUACACAUCGCUCAUUCAACAAAUCAACAAUCAAUGAAUCAAACAAAUAAAUGAAAAAAUUAAAUUUAGUUUAAUUUAAGGAACAAUGUUAAUAGUUCUUAUCAUGAAGUCUGGCUAUAUAUUUAGCGUGGACUUUCGUAUUAUCUAACCGAUACUUAACAGCAGUUAUUACAAGAAACAGAGUUAUUACAAGAAAGAGUUUUGUUUGUAUUCUAAAUUUUACACACACAGCAAAUUUGAAAUCAUUUUUCCUGAAAUGAAGGCGAGUCGACAGUAAUGUAAGCACUGUGUGAGAAAGAAAAACUCAAUUGACGUUUGUUUAAUCAUAAAUUAAUGUGUGUGUCGCGUUGUGCUGUUACGAUUCUAUAUGAUUUUCAAACAACUGAAUGAGAGCUCAUUGCUAACAAAACGUUGUGA